AUGCGUGCGGUGGAUUGCACGCCCGAACACGCAGCGACCGUGGCCGACAUCCUCGUAGCUGCUGACCUGCGCGGCGUCCACAGCCACGGCGUCAAUCGAUUGGAGAUGUACGUGGGCGAGGUCAGAAACGGCGAGGUGGACCCUCGCGUCCGGCCCGAAGUCACCAGCGAGACGCCCGCCAUCGCCUGCGUCGAUGGGCGCAACGGGCUGGGCAUGGUGGUGGGCCGCUACUGCAUGGAGCUCGCCACGGAGAAGGCCCAGACCAUGGGCGUGGGGUGGGUCGUUGCGCGCGGGUCCAAUCACUACGGCAUCGCCGGCUACUACGCGAUGAUGGCCGCCGAGCGGGGCCUGGUGGGCAUGUCCUACACCAACACCUCGCCCAUCUCGUUCCCCACUCGCGCCGCCCAGCACGUGCUCGGCACCAACCCCAUCGCCGUCGCCGCGCCUUCCACCGACCCCAAGGAUCCGUUCGUGUUGGACAUGGCAACCACCACGGUGGCGUUGGGCAAGGUCGAGAUUCGAGACAGGGAGGAGCGUCAGUGCCCGCCUGGCUGGGGAGCGGACAAGGCCGGACGGCCAAGCACGGACCCGAAGGAGGUGUUGGGCGGAGGCGGCCUUCUUUAUCUGGGCGGCGAGGAGGAGACCGGCGGCUACAAGGGAUACGGGCUGGCGAUGAUGGUGGAGCUGUUCUCGGCCAUCCUGUCGGGUGCCGACUACGCGGCCAAGAUUCCUCCCUGGCGCAGGGUCGCGGAAGCUCUGCACCACCUUUACACCAGGGCGGCCAACCUGGGCCAGUGCUUCGUGGCCCUCAACCCGGCGCUAUUCGCCGGCGGAUUCAACGAACGCAUGGGCGACCUCAUGCACCAGAUGCGCUCCCUGCCACACGUCGACCCCGCCCUCCCCGUCCUCGUCCCCGGAGAUCCGGAGAAGGUGAUGGAGGAGAAGUACAAGAAGGAGGGAAUCGCGUUUCAUGUGAACCUGGUCGAUGCCCUCCAGCGUCUGGCCGCCGACCUCCGCGUUGAUCCGCUCCCGCUACGCGACGCGUUCGCGGGCGACCUCUCCCUUGAUCGCUCCGCCGUGAGCGACGAUGGACGCGGUGGUGUUGGCGUUACCAACUUCGCGGAGCAGCGCAAGAGGAAGCGACAAAUAGAUGCUCGCGUUAUUCGAUCGAGCCUUGACAUUCGGGCCAAGACGUCCGUCGUCAAACCCCUCACACAACCCAAGGAAUUCAACUUUGCCACAGCGUACAGGGCCAGACCCACCAGAUUCCUCUCGCCAGAGGAGCGCGAGCAGCAGGAGCUCGAGAGUCGUACCCAGUUCCGCGCCAACCCCCUCCCCGUCCACACCUCCUCUUCCUCCACAACGUCGGCUCCCAUCUUCAAGCGUCCUCCGACCGAGCCGCAGUCGCCGAUGCUUCACACGACGGCGCGUCUGGGCAAGAAGAGGCGCCUCGAGGCGCCGUCGGUUGAGAACAAUACACAACACCAUCACAACAACAACAACACAGCGUCGGACGCCGGUGGCGGCAAGCGACACAAGUGCGCUCCGCGCCCGUUCCAGCUGAUGACUGACCUGCGCGGACAGCAGACUCGCGAGGCCCUCGAGCGCGCUCGCCUGGAGGAGCGCCGGCGCGAGGAGGAGCUGCGGCGGUUCCAUGCGCGCCCGCUACCCGAGGGCGACGCCUUCCGGCCGGCCCCCUCCACCGCUCCGCUCACCCGGCCCAAGCCCUACCCGCUCCGCACCGAGGACCGCGGCCACGUCAAGCAGGAGUCGCUCGCCCGACGCCUCGAGGGGGAGCGCCGGCGCGAGGCCGAGCUGCGGCGGUUCAACGCGCGCCCGCUGCCCGACGGCGACGCCUUCCAGCCCGCGCCGUCGGCCGCGCCGCUCACCGACCCCAAGCCAUUCCCGCUCCGCACCGAGGAGCGCGGCGUCGAGAAGGUGCUCACGCUCCAGCACUCGCUGGCCGCCGCGGCCGAGCAGGACAAGGAGAACCGCCAGUUCAAGGCCCUUCCGCUGCCCACCGACGCGCCGUUCAAGCCGCGGCCGUCGACGCGGCCGCUGACCGAGCUCGACGAGUUCAACCUGCAGUCGGACUCGCGUGCGGCCCAGCGCGCGGCGUUUGAGGAGCGCAUGCGGGCCAAGGAGGCGGCCGAGGCCGAGGCUCGGCGGCAGGCCCAGCUGGCACGCGAGCGCGAGGAGGAGCGCGAGGUGCGGCGACUACGCGAGCGGCUGGUGCAUCGGGCGCGGCCGAUCCCCCUGUCGGUCUACCAGCCCAUGCAGGCCCUGCCGUCGGCCAAGGCCCUCACCGAGCCGGCCUCGCCGUGCCUGGGCCUCAAGCGCCGCAAGCAGGCCGACUCGUUCCAGCGCUCCUGA